GGAAGAAGAAAGGUGAAAACAAUAAAAGUGAGUUUGAAGUCUUGCUGAAAGCCUACCAAGAGGAGAUUGACAGGCUGACCCGACGAGCCAAAGGCGCGGAUGCUGCCUUCGCAAAUGCCUAUCAAGUCCUGCACCAGGCGCCGGACCCCACGCCCCUUCUCGACAAAGCCAGAUCCGAUAAUCGGACUGGCGCUACACUUAAAGCCGAGCUUGGAAGGCUUCAACAAGAAGUGGAUGAAUACGAGGUGGAGUUUCGGAAGCUCAAGAACCAAGACGUCACCAUUCGCAGGCUGCAGGAGAGCCUGACCGCGUACGAGCAGGGAGCGGCAGGGGAUAUGGCAGCAUCCAUCGAGUCAGCACGGGUGGAG